AUGAUUAUAAUAUUUCUAAGUGGAUUUUUCGAUGAAUUACAAAUUGAUGAAGAUGGGAAUCCAAUUUGUAUUAUUUGCGAUGAAAAGCUGAAAAAUGAGCGAGAAUGGGCUGAACAUGUUGAAAUAGAACGAUCGAAACUCAUUAAAAAUAUUAAUCAACUGAAAGAACAAAAAUCAAAUUAUAACUGUAUUGCUAAUUCUUCGGGCGAUCAUAAUCGGCGAAAAAGAGAAUUUGAAUUAAUGCGAAUUCGUGCAAACCAACAGAAAAGACUUGCAGCUAAAAAUAUGCCAAAUCGCGAAAUAAAAUCGUGGAAUAUUUCAACGACAUCAUCUGAUGGUCCAUCUUCUUGUUCGGCCAUAAUAAAUAAAUCUGAUGAAACAGACGGGUCUAUCAAUACUGGCAACUACUGUAAAUCAUGUGAGCGGUAUCACGAAUAUCUGAUAAUCAGUAAUGCUUUUGAAGAAGCACGAUGUCAAGAAUGUUUUUUCAAAUUUAGGGCACAAACUGGAGCACUUCCAUUAACUAUAACAACUUUACCAACCGAAAGAGCAUCUUCAGUGUCGCACUGUGAAACUGAAGAUAAGCAUUCACCACAGUCAGCUUUAGCACUCAUUGUUGAAAAUAAACGUCCAAGAUUCGAUUAA